CACAAGUAAAAGCCCCUACCGGUCCCAUUUCCUCCAUCUUCCCUCACUUCCUAUCACCCCUCCUUUAAAUAUCACAUUCAAAACCCCCUUCUGAAUCCCAUUAAUACCAUCUCUUAAGGAAAAACAGGCACCCAUAUUAUUCCCCAAUCCCAGAAAACCAUUCCAAAAAAAAGAAAGAAAGACAAAAAAAAAAAAACAUCAUGAAGCUGCCUUCUCUGUUUAAGAACAAAGAAACAAAGCAGCAGCCAUGGCAAUGGCCCUUGUGUAACCACCCCAAGACACUCUCUUUCCGAGGUACCGACGACAACAUUUUCAAGACAGUCAACUCGGUUUUCUUUGAUCAUGGGGUGGAAACGCCCGAGUACUCCACGUCAUGGUUCACGAACUCGUCCGAGUCGGCGAGCCACGACUCAGCUGAGUCGGAUGACUUCUGCGGCAAGUCGUUGGAGAUGGUGAUACGUGGGGUCCAGUCGGAGAGGCUGUUCUUCGAGCCGGGCGACACUAGCUCGAUUCUAGAGAAGGCGAAAGCCGGCGGGUUUCCGUUCAAGGAGAGCGUGGUUUUGGCGAUGGAGUCGGAGGAUCCGUACGUUGAUUUCCGGCGGUCUAUGGAGGAGAUGGUGGAGUCUCAUGGGCUGAAAGAUUGGGAGUGCUUGGAGGAGCUUCUCGGGUGGUAUUUGCGGGUCAACCGUAAGAAGAACCAUGGGUUUAUUGUCGGAGCUUUUGUAGAUCUGCUUGUUGCUCUUGCUGCUGCUACCACCAAUUCCUCUUCUGAUUCAACGUCUUUUUCUUCUGCUGUCUCUUCUUUCUCUUGCUCUCCAUUAUGUUCAUCUAACGGUCAGAUUGAGAUUGAUGAGGUAGAGAAGAUGGUCAUGUCUUAGCUUUUAAUGUGAUCAUUUUUUUUUUUUUUUUU